UUUUUUUUUCUUCUUCUCUUUGCACCUUUGCUUCUUCCCCUUUCCUAUUACCAGGAUGACCCUGACCGACUUUUUAUAGUCUUUGGACAACGAUCGCCAAAUUCAAUGGGCGGAAGCAGACCACCAAUUCUAUCAGCAUCUCCAUCCUCCACCGCAUCCAUCAUAAUUUUCAUUUUCGCUUCCAUUUUCGUACAAAUCGUUGCCAGCCCACCCUUGAAUCAUGUCCGACUCGGGAACACCGUCGUCUGACGAAUCUCGCCGCAAUGCCAUCUCAGAACACCUCCCCCCCGGCUACGGAACAGGUUUCGACGCAGCCUACACCGACAAUAGCAAUGUUGCCGGACAACCACCUCAGCAGCACUCUGACCACUCGGUCUCGCAAGAGUCCUCCUCUCUGCAUCUCCCCGGCGGAGACAUUCACCGCGAACUCUACAAGAUGAACGCCCGCGAGAACGCCCCAAUAUUCAAGAGAUCACAGACCUUCUCCCACCCGCAACGCCCGACCAUCGCCGACGAUGACGAAUCCCUGCUCGCAGCCGACGAGAUGCUGGCCCCCCAGGGCUUUCGCCGCCAUUUCGUCCUCCGAAAGCACGGUGCCGGUGCUCUGGGUUCCAACCUGCCCGUGGCCAAGAAUUUCGUCGAGUUCCUCGACCUAUACGGCUCCUUCGCCGGAGAAGACCUUGCCGAUAGCGACGAAGAAGAAGAUACGGAGGAGAGUGUGGAGGGGGAGGAAGACGUCGAAAGCGGGAGGGAGACCCAGCCGCUAUUACCACGCCGGAAGCCGAUCCGCCGCGCCCCGUCAAGAAUGCGAGUGGGAGACGCCGGCGUGCUCAAGACCUUCUUCACCACUCUCAAGGCCUUCGUCGGCACCGGCAUCAUGUUCCUCCCCAAGGCCUUCAACAACGGCGGCAUCCUCUUCUCCUCCGUGACCCUCGUCUCCAUCGCCUUCCUCUCCAUGGUUGCCUUCCACCUCCUCCUGCAGUGCCGCGCCAAGGUCGGCGGCGGCUACGGCGAGAUCGGCAAGGAGAUUGCCGGCGCCCGCAUGCGCAGCCUCAUCCUCGCCUCCAUCUCGCUCUCCCAGCUCGGCUUCGUCUGCACCGGCCUCGUCUUCGUCGCCGACAACUGGGCCUCCUUCCUCGACGCCGUGACCUCCGGGUCCAAACCGCUCAGCACGCCCGCCCUGAUCGGCAUCCAGGCCCUGCUCCUGGUCCCGCUGACCUUCAUCCGCAACAUUUCCAAGCUCGGCCCCGCCGCCCUGCUGGCCGACGUCUUCAUCAUCAUCGGCGUGGUCUACAUCUGGUCGUACGACAUCUCCGUCCUCGCCACCCGCGGCGUGCACCCCACCGUCCAGCUGUUCAACCCGCACGGCUACACCCUGACCAUCGGCGCCUCCAUCUUCACCUUCGAGGGCAUCGGCCUCAUCCUCCCGAUCCAGUCGUCCAUGAAGCAGCCCGAGCACUUCGAGAAGCUGCUCGCCACUGUCAUGGUCAUCAUCACCUGCAUCUUCGCCAGCGUGGGCGCCCUGUGCUACGCCACCUUCGGGUCCGAGACCAAGAUCGAGGUCAUCGACAACUUCCCCCCGUCCUCCAGGCUCGUCAACGCCGUGCAGUUCAUGUACGCCCUGGCCGUCCUCGUCGGGAACCCCGUGCAGCUGUUCCCGGCGCAGCGCAUCCUCGAGACCAAACUGUUCGGUCGCCGCUCCGGCAAGAAGAACCUCCGCACCAAGUGGAAGAAGAACGCGUUCCGGACCUUCCUCGUCGCCGUCUGUAUCAUCGUCUCCAUCGGCGGGUCCGCCAACCUGGAUCGCUUCGUGGCCCUCAUCGGCUCGUUCGCUUGCGUGCCGCUCGUCUACAUCUACCCGCCGUACUUGCAUUACAAGGCUGUCGCGACGACCAGGAGGGAGAGGGUCCUCGACGUUGCGCUGAUGGUCUUGGGGCUUGUCGGGAUGGUCUAUACUACCGGCGUUACCUUGGCCACCAGUUUUCUGUAAAUAAGAGAGGGGCAAAAGAAAAGCGUGUGAGUAAUGGAAAUGUGGACAGCAUGGACGGGGCGCUGAUUGAUGAAACUUUUGUACUUCUCGGGCUCGGA